AUGAUACAGGGCCAGAUUAAGGGGCCAAUCCUAAGGAGAAACCUGGUGGCUAUUUUCCAGGGGCGGCAACCGUCGACUGUUGAUUCUCCACAGGUUAAGGCAAGGAAGGCGAAAAGGACACAGAAGUGCGAAACGCUUCGGAGCUUAGGACCUGCCACUGUCCUGGCAUGGGGGGGUCUCCUUCCCACCUAGCACAUGGGAAGAAAUGGACCAGCUUGUUUUCAAGGAUCUUGUCAAGCAAAUGACAGCAGAGGCAGUCACCGACCUGCCUCUGAAUGUCCGGGAAACAAUCAGCAGUCUUGGGAGGGAAGAUCCUCUCUGCAGCAUUGAAACAUAUGGCGAUUUCGUCCAAGGUAUCGAGGAACUCGCAAGCAGCCCACCUGACCAUCCUCGCCCAAAAAAGCGAAGGCUUGAAGACGAUGGUAACGUCGAAGGGCCACCGGCGCCGGAUCCGGUGCCGUAUACUGGAGAGACAGGCCCAGGGCCAAUGCCGUGGGUUGGAGCAGCGCGUGAAGAGUUGCAGAUGAACGACGAACAAGAUUUCUCCCUAACCCAGGUGCGUUUUGAUGUGCCAGAUGAAAAGGUGGUGGAUCUGUUGGGACUCCGCUCUCUGAGGCUCGACGAUGGGCUGCUCCCAGUUACUUUGACCAUCCCUUUUGUCGGUUCUCCGGCGUUUGUUUUCUUCAACGUGCCACGUGGGACCGCGUUUGCAUAUGCGCACGAAAUUGGGUGGACACCAUCGUGGUUUAGUUCAAUCUUUUAGUAAUGAACUUCACUUCAACAACCAUGGCUUCAAAACGACAGCCAGCAGGUACCAUGCCUGCGUAGGCACCCUUGCAUCUCACCUUCUCCCACACCAUGGAUUUCUUCCCCUUCUUGUUCUUAUCCAGCGUAUCGGGAUCGUCCUGUCCAUCCUGCUUGUCCUUGUCGUUGUCGUCCUCUUUCUCAAGCACUCCUAUGCAUCCGAAAGCCUGGGUUCCCUUUCGGUGCCUAAAGACGAUGAUGCAGUCUGUUGGAUGGGCCUCAAAAAGCUGGACGUACGGAAGUAGACAGGUGUGAAUUCAGAGAUGUCGCAUUU